CCCAAAUAGUCUUCCAAGUUCCAAGUUCUAACACUAUCACCCUCUCAAACACCAAUUUUGCAAACCCAAAAGAGAAGACGACUUUCAUUAGUUUAACCCUAAAUUCAACAAUUUCUUCUUAUUUUAGAAAAGAUGCCUCUGGGGCUUAUUUUAGGAAUAGGAAGGGCAUUUCGAAGGAAGCGAACAUCUUCGCUUGACAUUCUGUCAUCAAAACGAGCUCCUCGUGGUUAUUACAAGGGCAAGAAUUGCAAGCCUACUGGUUUCCACACCCGCAAAGGUGGUUAUGUAGUGAUGCAAGAAAAAUUGCCAAAUUAUGUAGUCCCUGAUUUGACUCAUUUCAAGCUCAAACCAUAUGUAUCUCAAUGUCCUAGAGAAGUCAAGACCGCUGAGGCUUCUCAAACGGCUAAAUAGCCAAAUUGAGUAGUACAAGAUACUUUAUUUGUAACUGCAGAUAUUCUCCCAUGAAGAGGAGUUGGCAGGCCCUUUGUUUUCUCUUUGGUUCUCGCUUCUUUUUAGCUAUAACAUCGAGUAACUAUUGA